ACCCUCAAAUGGACCAUAUUCUCGAUAUCCUCAAUUUAAUAUUUACUGGUGUCUUUGCCUUCGAAGCUUUAUUCAAAAUUAUCGCUUUAAACCCAAAAAAUUAUUUUGGUGAUAGAUGGAAUUCUUUUGAUUUUGUUAUUGUCCUAGGCUCUUUUAUUGAUAUUAUUUAUGGAAAAAUUGGUGGAACGGGGACAAAUAUAAUUUCAAUUAAUUUUUUUCGUCUCUUUCGAGUAAUGAGGCUUGUUAAGUUGUUGAGUAGAGGAGAGGGGAUUAGAACGCUUUUGUGGACUUUUAUGAAGUCUUUUCAGGCAUUACCCUAUGUCGCACUUUUGAUUGUCCUUUUAUUCUUUAUUUAUGCAGUAAUUGGAAUGCAAGUAUUUGGUAAAGUAGCCCUUGAUGAUGAUACACAAAUACAUCGGAAUAAUAAUUUUCAUACAUUUCCUGCUGCUGUGCUUGUUCUUUUUAGAUCAGCAACAGGAGAAGCUUGGCAAGAAAUUAUGUUGGCAUGUUCUGAUAGAGAGGAUGUAAAAUGUGAUCCAGCUAGUGAUGAUUACAAAAAGGAUCCAAAUGCUGGAUGUGGUGUCAAUUUUGCCUACCCUUACUUUAUUUCAUUCUUCAUGCUUUGUUCUUUCCUAAUUAUUAACCUUUUUGUUGCUGUUAUUAUGGAUAAUUUUGAUUAUUUAACUCGUGAUUGGUCAAUUCUUGGACCUCAUCAUUUAGAAGAAUUUGUUCGUUUGUGGUCUGAAUAUGACCCUGAUGCUAAAGGGAGAAUUAAACAUUUGGAUGUUGUUACCCUUUUAAGAAAGAUUUCGCCUCCUUUAGGCUUUGGUAAAUUAUGUCCUCACAGAUUGGCCUGUAAAAGGCUUGUUUCUAUGAAUAUGCCUUUAAAUAGUGAUGGAACUGUUUGUUUUAAUGCUACGCUCUUUGCCUUGGUCCGCACAAAUUUAAAAAUUUACACUGAUGGAAAUAUAGACGAAGCAAAUGAACAGCUAAGAUCAGCUAUUCGACGAAUUUGGAAACGUACACCAAUUAAAUUGCUGGAUGAAGUUGUUCCUCCAGCUGGAAAAGACGAUGAAGUUACUGUUGGAAAGUUUUACGCAACAUUUUUAAUUCAAGACUAUUUUCGACGAUUUAAAAAACGAAAAGAAUUGGAGGCAAAAGGAAUGGCUGCACCAAAUACUCACGCAAUGGCACUUCAAGCUGGCCUAAGAACUUUACACGAAAUUGGACCAGAAUUGAAAAGAGCGAUUAGUGGGACACUUGACCCUGGUUUUGUACUUGAAUCGGAAGAACCUCAACAUAGGGUAAACUUUAGAGGGGAAAGUUUGGGCGCUGAGAAGUCUGGGCACAGAAAAGUUUUCGUUUCAUUCUUAGCGCUGCCGGCGAAAAUUUUUGGAAUUUCACAAGUCUAA